AAGCAGUCAUCGACGUCCAGUCUUCUUGGAGAGCCAGCAACCGGUGUUUUGUAUUUCUACAUUCGCUUUGUGCAAGCCGUGCCGUUAGUUUCUACAUUUUUUGCAUUCAAUUCUGUUUUGCCUUAUUCUUCAAUAUGAUUAAGAACGUCGUAUCUCUGGUUACCGGUGGCGCCUCUGGCUUGGGCCGUGCCACCGCAGAACGUCUGGCCAGACAGGGUGCCAGCGUGGUUCUGGCGGAUCUGCCAUCGUCCAAUGGUAGCGAAGUGGCCAAGGAGCUGGGUGACAAAGUGGUGUUUGUGCCCGUGGAUGUUAGUUCUGAACAGGAUGUGACAGCCGCUGUGCAAACUGCGAAGGAUAAGUUCGGUCGUCUAGAUCUAACUGUAAACUGUGCUGGCACAGCUACCGCCGUGAAGACGUACAACUUCAACAAGAACGUUGCCCACAGACUGGAAGACUUUCAGCGUGUUAUUAAUGUGAACACCGUUGGCACGUUCAAUGUCAUCCGCCUGUCCGCUGGUCUAAUGGGUGCCAAUACCCCCAACCAGGAUGGCCAACGUGGCGUCAUCGUCAACACCGCCUCAGUUGCUGCUUUUGAUGGUCAGAUUGGCCAAGCAGCUUACUCUGCAUCAAAAGCAGCCGUUGUUGGCAUGACUUUGCCUAUUGCGCGCGACUUGAGUACACAGGGAAUUCGCAUUUGCACCAUUGCGCCCGGUCUGUUCAACACUCCCAUGUUAGCUGCUCUUCCCGAAAAGGUCCGCACGUUCCUGGCCAAAUCAAUUCCCUUCCCCCAGCGUCUGGGUGAUCCAAGCGAGUACGCUCAAUUGGUUCAAGCUAUUUACGAAAACCCGCUGCUUAACGGGGAAACCAUACGCUUGGACGGCGCCCUGCGAAUGAUGCCCUAAACGUCUGGAUACGGAGCUCAAUCUGAUCAGUGCUGCAUUUAUUAGGGUCAUUCGGCGGCCUGCAAUAUUUUUUCUUUUUAACAUUUUCGCGCAAUUAGCGGUUAAGUUCAAAGUCUUCACGAAUUAUGUAAUGUGUUUCACUUUUUUUCAUUAAUAAAAACGACACAAAAAUGUA